AUGUCUCUGGUUGUGUCUAACGAAUCAAUCCAUGUUUUGGGCAAGUACAUUUCUAAUUAUUCAUCACACCAGCACAAUGACAACAUAGUGGAUGAGGCAACUUCAGAGUUUAUCGUAAACAUAUCCAGCUGUGGCCUUGUUCCUGUGAUCACUAUUGUGGGGAUUAUUGGCAACAUCCUGAGUUUUGUUGUGUUUCUGAAGCAGAAGAAACGGGAUCGGACAAGAGUGGUACUCAUCAGCUUGGCUAUUUCAGAUACACUGUACCUGCUGAUUACCUGUGUCAGAAAGAUGUCCUGCAUUGUGUCCAUGUUUGAUGUGGUGUCUGGGAAGAACUGGGGCGUGUUUAUGGUGCCGCAGUGGUAUAUCAUUGGAAUUACGUUUGCAAGAAUCACCAGUGUCCUCACCAUGGUGAUUUCUAUUGAAAGGUGUUUCGCCGUCCUUUUCCCUCUGAAGGUGAGGGCUGUGGUGACACGUACUCGCGCUCUGAAGCUUGUCGUUGCAAUAUUCAUCCUGGUGUCAAUUGCGAUGUUUCCCCUGACGUUUUGUUCAUAUACCAGAUGGACUCUAGAUCCUACGAAGAACAGAUCUGUUUUGUCCGUGGCUUGGACGGACUUCUAUAUCAAGAACGAAGGUGUAAUGGAGAAUUAUAUAAACGUUGCCCUAGCAACCUUGCUGCGGAUAACCCCGUGUAUUGUGGUUCUGUUCUGCACAACAGCUGUGCUGGCAUCUCUCAAAAGAGGUCAAAAGUUUCGCAAACAAUCUUCAAAUCUGGCAAAGUCGGGUAUUCUCAUGGAGGAAAGGCGGGUAACUGUCAUGCUUCUAGCCGUGACGUCAGUCUACGUCAUCUGCCUUGCUCCAGGGUCAGUCUUAGUCCUGAUGAGGAGAUUUGUACCAUCUUUCUCUACAAAUGGAAAAUACAACUACACGUUUUUGUUGCUCAGCAACAUGAACAUUGUGCUCGAGUGCUUGAAUUCUGCCUUAAACUUCGUUAUUUACAUGAAAACAAACAGACGUUUCAACAUUGCCUUCAAGAAAAUGUUUUGCAGCUCCUGUAAUGAAAAGACCUUAAGAAAUGAAAUACAUUUAUUAUCCAACGGUACGUCAGCAUCAAGUUACCUUGAUUAA